AUAAAGUGCAUUUGUGGUAUUCGCUGGGUAUCAAAUGGCGGAUUGUUGGACAUCUCCAGUCAUCAAUCUAUCAUCAUUAUGCCUCCUUCAUCCAUCUCGGUGAUAAUGACAUCCUCCAUUUCGCCCGUCAUGAAGAUGUCCAUUUCUUCUGCACCGCCCCUUUCGACAAUGGUCGGAUCAUAUAUUUCCUCUGCGUCUCUCAUAUCGACGACGGGAAUAGCAUCCGUUUCAAAGGCAAAAUCCAUUUCGUCUAUGGCGUCGAUGAUGGAUAUGUCGUCCAUAUCGUCCAACUCAUCCAUCCUAUCCACCUCCUCAAGGUCGUCCAUCCAGUCCAUAUCCACGAUGGGCCUAUCGUCUUCGCCUGUAAAUGUUCCCCAAAACAU